CAACUCCAUGGAGCUGUGUGGGAGAGCCUUGGCAUCUCACCUAACUCUACAGGCUUGUCUUUGGAAUUACAUGGAAUAACUGCUCCCGAUUUGAUUCAUCAAUGUGAGAAUGUCCAUGACACCAACGUCAUUGCACCGAAAGUCAGAUUUGUCUUCCCAGGGCUCGGGGUCAGUCCUCGGCCAUUCUGCUUCCUCAAGCAAACCCAGGCUUUUCUCAGCAUCACUGCUGCCUUCACAGCACCUUUGCCUCCUGCAACCAUGGCCUCCAAUUCUCGUCUCUAACGAGUCCCUCGGGGAGCUUUGUAAGGAACAAACCUCCUUGAGACAAAUUAAUACUUCAAGGCACUCUGAGUUCUGCUUUGGACUUCUUGAGACUUUUGCUCCGUCUCCUCUAAGGACCUGAGGUUCAAGGACUCAGCAGCAAAUCCACAUUGGGUCCCAUUAAAACACAGACAUCUUUAAUGAGCUCUUUCUCUUCUGGGGUUUUCUUCAGGUCUUCAAGCCUCGUACAGUCUCUUGGAGUCAUCCCCCAGUGACGCUAAAGAGGAAGAUUUCCAAGUGGACCAAAAAAAUGUGGUUUAAUGUCAAGCCUCUAUUUCAUUAAUGUUCACACCAAGGCAGAGGUGACAGAAGCUUCUCCGAAGGCCAUCGAUGCUGAAUGUCUCCUCAGGAGGUCUGGGCAGCAUGGAGAAGCAGUCCCUUGAGCUUUGACCCUUGCUCCGCACCUUCUCAGCCCCCCAUUGUCCCCCUGGCACUUGCACCCCUUCUCCUUCCAUCAGACUUCCCUGAAUUCCAGAGCUGAUGCUCCAUCGCCCCAUCUCCCACAGAAUCCCUAACUCACAGAAUGACCUGAAUCGAACCCCCAGGUCCUUCUCCACGGGGCUGCUCUCUCGCUCCUCAGUCUGUGUGGACACCCAGGGCUGCCGUGUCCCAAGAGCGACACCCAACACUUGUCCUUGUUGAACUUUGUGAGGUGGGCGAUUGCCCGGCUCUCCAAACCCAUCAUCUGUACUGAGAACAGAGGUCAAAAAAGGCAUUAAAUAUCUCUGGGUUCUCUAAAGCCCUGUUUGCGAGGUGUCCAUGAUCAUCAAGAGUUGGGCCAAUGAUUCUGCUGCCCUACCUUUAGUUAUUAACGUAUUUUUGAAAGGGUCUCCGACCCUAUUUUUAAGAGCCCUUUUUAUUGUCCUUCACGGCCAACCCUAACGGAGCUUUAAUUGCACGAAUUUCUCCCCCUCACAUUCUCUGUGCCUGAAAGACAAAGCAGUUGGUGUUCAACAGAGGAGAAUCUGCCUCACAUCAACGUCAGGUCAGGUCGCACCUCAAAUCCUGAGUUCACUUUUGUGCCCCUCACUACAAGAAAGACAUUGAGGUCCUGGAGCACAUCCACAGAAGGUCAAGGAAGCUGGCCAAGGGGCUGGAGAACGAGGGUCAUGAGGAGCAGCUGAGGGAGCUGCGAUUCUUUAGCCUGUUCAGCUACCAGUCAAGCUGGAACAGGAUAGCUUUGACCUUCAAAGAGUCCUCCGCACUUCUCUGCAGGGCUGUUAUCCCACGGCACUCAUCCAGUCAGGUCCCAGAGGUCUCCUGACCACCCACCUGCUUACACAUAACCACCUCCUUUCCUCACCUCUUCUCUCUGCUUUCCCGUUCUCCUUCCUCCACAAACCACCUUGAUCCCACCCGUUGCCUGCGUUUGGUCCUCUCCUGGACAUCCCACGGUAAGCUUUGCCGAGUCUCCAAAUGGCACUUUCUGGCUUCCCAUCAUGAUUCUGAGACACCCAAAGCAGAACCCCUCACGCUCAGUUGGCCAAGUCAUCCUGGGAGGUUCACACCGAUACGUAGGAGCUUUCUUUGGAUGAAUAUUUUGAUAUCUGGGGCUUGAAUUGUUUCUCGGAAAACAUCUCUGAAAACAUCUCUGAAAACACAGCGAUUCACGGCGUAGAAACAGCAAUUCUUUUAAUUUAUGGUUUUGUUGAGGACCACGCCAGAUUCAAUUGCCUCCACGGUUUCUGUAGGUGUUUGCAACCCUGGUUAGAAGGGGUUGGAAGACACUUAGAAGAUCAACUCUCCGGCAGUGGACACGAACAUGUUUCAGUAGUUUACGUUAUUCAAAGUCCCUGAUCUUGGACACAUCCAGAGGACACAUCCAGAACUUCUCUGGGCAAACUGUGCCACUGCCUCCCCACACUCGUCAUGAAACAUUUCUUCCUUAUAUCCAAUGUAAAUGACGCCUCUUCCAGUUCAAACCCGUUGCCCCUUGUCCUGUCACUACAGACCUCCGGAAAAAAGCCUCACUCUGUCUUUCUUGGUCCGUGGCCACCAUGAUUCCAUCUACAAAGACGGUGGAGAGUGUCCAGAGAUCUACCAAGAUUGGGUAGAGACACUUCAAGCGCAGUACACAGAGUUUGAGGGACUUGGACUCAGCGCUAUGGACACUGUAGGAGUUGUCUAAGAGGGCUUGAAGGGUGUUUUCAGCGAUGGUGGAGCUUUUCCUCGUAGUGGAAAGCGACGUGAGAAAGAACUAAUGCCACAAAGCGUAGCUGAGUGGGUCCAGGAGGUACAUGGGAAGAAGGAAAUCUCAGUCCCAGGGCUUUGUGGUGCCUCAUGUCACCGAGAAGGGUUUUGGAUCAGCCCACGGCUUUGUGUCUCAAGGAUGAGCCAGGAAAGCAAGGUGGGGCAGCCGAGGAGAUGACUACAGCCUUCAGGGCAAGAAGCACAAGGGAUGUGAGAGCAUGGGGUGGCCCGUGGUGGAGAGGACAAAGGGAUGUGGAAAAGGUGAAAGCCUUUUCAUGCCUUUGGCAAUGGCUGUUGUCUCUGCCACAGAUGCCUACGAGGCCUCCUUGGCUCCUUGUCCGUACUCAGGAGCCUGGGAGAUGUCAUACCAUAGUCCUGCCCUCGGCAUUGCCCAUCUCCACAUCCAACCGCCCCAGGAAGAGCCCUGAGGGAUGAGUGAGGGACAGGAGCUCUUUCCCACGGACUGAGGGUCAGGGCUUGACCCUUUGGUUGAUGGGGUCAGGGUUUGGCCCUUUGGAUUAAUGAAACGCAUCCAGGUUUCCAGCAUCAGAGCCACCUCUACCGUGCUUUUCCCAGCCUGUCAUCACUGCCUCCACUUUUCCGCUCUAACUGGAGCCUGGAGACCCUUUCCCAGCACUGCCCUCAGUGGGACCCAUUAUCACUACAAGCAAGUUUGGAGUUGGAACUUGACUUGGACUUCUUGAGAGGUUUGCUCGGGUUAUUCUAAUGGUCUGAGGGUCAUGGGCUCAGCAUCAAACCCACCAGAGGGGUCAUUAAAACGCCCUGGGCUGCUGCUCUUCGGCUGCUGAGCUGGGCUGGGCUCCUGGGACAGAGGGAGCUCCUGGGACAGAGGGAGCUCCUGGGACAGAGGGAGCUCCUGGCAAGGGAGCCAACUCUACAAAGAGCCAACUCUGCCCAGGAGCAGCUCCUCUGCAAACCCAGAAGCGCUGAGGGCACCGCAGAGGGCAGAGAGGAGAGGCUGGAGGAAUGCUCACAGCUCUUUACACGGUGAACCUCUGGCUGUAGGAUAAUGCUGGUGAGGUUCCUGGAGGCAUCUCCUACAGCUUGUCGCAUCCCACAGGUUCCAGGCUCUGGGUUCCAGGACAAAGACUCACUCAGCUGCCAGGGUCAGCGCUCCACCUGCCCGUGGAGCUCCCCAUGGCACCGUGGGGAGAAGCUGUGAGGGGGAAAGAGUGACCCCUGGUAAGAAAGGGCAGAGUCCUUCUCUUAUCGAGAGCACACGGUGUGGUUCAGCACUGCUCGCAGAUGCGGAUGGCAAUGGGGGAUUUUCCGGUGUCCCAGCUUUGCUCUGAGCCGUGGGCAAAUGCAGUCAGUGGGACCGGGGAAGGACCUCCAUCUCCCUUCUUGAAAUGCUGAACCCCAGCAGUGUCCCCUGUGUCCCCACCAUCCCCAUGACCCCCCCCUGGAUGCAGAGCAGGGCUGACCCAUCGAGAAACAACAGGCAGAGGCACGGAGCAGAGCUCCAGGCACGGAGAUAAAGGAAGGGCUGUGAGGAACGGGACAGAGCGUGUGGGGCAGAGGGAGAAGGGGGAAUGGGAAAUGGCUUUGGUUCUGCAUAGAGAGGUCCUCACUAACUCCUCGCUGUCUUUCUCUUCAUGCCCAGUGCUUCACAUUUAGAGGCAGCAGAUGUCCAACAGCAGCUCCAUCACCCAGUUCCUCCUCCUGGCAUUCGCAGACACACGGGAGCUGCAGCUCUUGCACUUCUGGCUCUUCCUGGGCAUCUACCUGGCUGCCCUCCUGGGCAACGGCCUCAUCAUCACCACCAUCGCCUGCGACCACCACCUCCACACCCCCAUGUACUUCUUCCUCUUCAACCUCUCCAUCCUCGACCUGGGCUCCAUCUCCACCACUGUCCCCAAAUCCAUGGCCAAUUCCCUCUGGGGCACCGGGGCUAUUUCCUACUCAGAAUGUGCUGUCCAAGUCUUUCUUUUUCUCUUUCUGAUGUCAGCAGAGUAUUAUCUUCUCACGGUGAUGUCCUACGACCGCUACGUCGCCAUCUGCAAACCCCUGCACUACGGGACCCUCCUGGGCGGCAGCGCUUGUGUCCACAUGGCAGCAGCUGUUUGGGGCACUGCGUUUCUUUACGCUCUGCUGCACACAUCCAACACAUUUUCCCUGUCCUUCUGCCGGGGCAAUGCUGUGGACCAGUUCUUCUGUGAAAUCCCUCAGAUCCUCAAGCUCUCCUGCUCGGACAAUUACCUCAGAGAAGCUGCGCUGCUCGUGGUCAGUUGCUGCGUAGUGGUGGGGUGUUUUGUUUUCAUUGUGGUGUCCUACGUGCAGAUCUUCAGGGCUGUGCUGAGGAUCCCCUCGGAGCAAGGACGGCACAAAGCCUUCUCCACGUGCCUCUCCCACCUGGCCGCGGUCUCCCUCUUUGUCAGCACUGACACAGUCGCCUACCUGAAGCCCCUUUCCAUCUCUUCCCCACUUCUAAAUCUGGUGGUGUCCAUUCUCUAUGCGGUGGUGUCUCCAGCCAUGAACCCCCUCAUCUACAGCCUGAGGAACAAGGAGAUCAAGGAUGCCCUGAAGAGACUGAUUCUACCAACCUAACUCAGCACGGAGGUGCCCAUCUGUCCCCACGAGUCACCUAACAGUUACUUUAGGACACAUUUGUGUGUUGGCCUUUGUAGUUACCAACAUCUCUGUAGGCAAAUAUUUGCCUUCAUCCUUCUUCCCAGACCAUCCGACUCAGUGACCUUUUGGAAAUGAGUCCACCUCAAGGUCAACGCUUCACCUCUGUAAUAAAAGAGCAUUUCCUCAACGCCGUGGGAGACGUUUGGGCUUUCUUUAACAAAAAGGAGGUGCAGAAGGAACCCACGGAACGGAAGGCUGAAAGGUCUUGAUGCUGCGCUUGGGUGCUGCUGGUGGUCACGGGGUGAAGGGCAUGGAGCAUUGUUUACUGCAAUAAGGUUUAGACUGAACCAUGACUUGUGGGUGCCCAGGACCUCCGGAGGUCCUGAGCAAUCAAGAGGUAUCUUCUGGGGAGCUCCCAGGGAGCUGAGGGAGCAGCAUGAAGUCACAGCGAGGCCACUCUCCAUCAUCUUCCAGAGGUCAUGGAGAGUAGGGGGAACUCCCCGACCGCCGGCACCACCACUCCCACGUCGCACGCCCUUUUCAGAAAUAGCAGGGAAUUAAAGGGCUGUGCUCCAGACCUCGUCCACUCGGAUCCGAGGCUGCCCAGGGAGGUGGUGGAGUCGCCUUCCCUGGAGGUGUUUAAGGAACGGGUGGAUGAAGCGCUGAGGGACAUGGUUUAGGGAGUGUUAGGAAUGGUUGGACUCCAUGAUCCAAUGGGUCCUUUCCAACCUGGUGAUUCUGUGAUUC